AUGGCUAUAUUAUGCAUAAUAGCUCCAUAUAGUAGGAUAAUGAAGAUAUUAGGAAGUGGUUAUCAUGGUGUAGGGAACCUAAAUUUUACAUUGGAUUGGAAUGCAAUUGGACAACCCAGGCCGUUAUAUAUUCCAUGGUGGGCUCAAGUAAAUCAUUAUGUCAGUAUAAUUAUUGGUGUAUCAUGUAUGGAUCAUUACCCGCUUUUAUAUCAUUUUAAUUUCUUGAAAGCACAAAGAUUUCCAUUUUCAUCCACACUUCCUUUAGACAAAUAUGGACAAAAAUAUAAUCAGACAUUAAUUAUUGAUAGGACAACCAGAUUUUUAAAUGUUACAGCUUAUGAUAAUUAUAGCCCAGUAUAUUUAUCAGCCACCUUUGCUGUUAAUUAUCUAUACUCUUUCAUUUCGAUUACCGCAGUCAUGAGUUAUGUGUUCUUAUUUCAUGGUAAAGAUAUUUGGAAAAGGUUCAAAUCUAGUCAAGAUGAAAAGAGACAUGAUAUUCAUUCCAAGUUGAUGAGCGUUUAUCCAGAAAUUCCAAAUACUUGGUAUUUUACAAUAUUCUUCAUUAUGUUAUUAAUCGCAAUCGUACUUGGGUAUAUGAUGACGGAGGUGAAUUUACCGUGGUGGGGAUUGCUUAUGGCUAUAAGAUUAUCAAUAAUUAUGGUGCUUCCAAUUGGGUUGAAUGUGUUAGCUGAAAUAAUUUGUGGUUACGUCCUCCUUGACCGGCCUAUCGCCAAUGUAUACUUUAAAUGUUAUGGUUUUGUAAUAAUUCAUUAUAUGAAAAUUCCUCCAUGUUCUAUGUUUAUUUCUCAAUUAUAUGGCACAGUUGUCGGAGAUUUUAUGAAUUAUUGGGUUUUAAGACUUAUUAUUUCUUCAAAACGACAAUUUCUUGAUGGUACAAUGGAAGAUCCAACCGGUCAAGUAUCAGGGUAUCAUACACAAGUUAUUAAUACAGCUUCAAUAGUGUGGGGUUUGAUUGGACCUGCAAGAACAUUUGGUCCAAAUUCCCUAUAUCGCCCGCUUCUUUGGGGUUUUUUAAUUGGAGUCUUUGUGCCAAUUCCAUUUUAUCUAUUACAUCGAAAAUAUCCAAAAUAUAGAUUUGAUUUAGUGAAUGUACCUUUAAUUUGUAAUGGAUUACAAAUAAUUCCUGAAUCUUAUACAAAUUUUAUUAUUAUGGGAUUCUUAGCAAGUUUUGCAAGUCAAUUCUAUACCUAUAGAUACAAGAAUCAAUUAUGGAAAAAAUAG